AUGGAAACAAUAUUUUCAUUCUUUUCCAAACACCUUUUUGAUAUGAAUAUUUUCUGUUCUAUAGUUCUAUGUUUUGUAAUUACUAUAACAGAAUGUUGUAUGAGAACUAUUCCGCCGGAUGAUGCCUAUAUUUCAAGCACUUUGCCAUAUGAGGAGACUACGGAAAUGAUGACAACAAUGGAAACGUCCACCAUGACAGAAAAAGUAUGCCCAGAGAUGCCAGCCGCCACCGCGUGUAUGGAUUUGACAACACUUGGAUGGACAUUGGAAUUAGGAGAAGUAGACGGAUGUCCUGUGGUACAGUGCAAAGGUGGCCUGAUUCCAUGGGUGCUUUCCAGAAAUUAUUUGAUUCAACCGAAGCUAUAUCCUGGCAUAGAUGACUUGCAUUUAAUUUUACCUGUACCACCGACGACACUGGCCGGAAUGGGUGGAAAAAGUUUUUACGAAUACUAUGGUCUUGUUUGUGGCGUUGCUGAUGGAAAUCCCGUAUGGAUGAUGUCAAAAUAUCCGAAUGGACUCAUUGAUUAUGGCAGGGUUGAACCAAUUGUAGGCGCAGAUGGUUCAUAUGACGGGAAACAGGCUCAGAUAAGGGAGGUUGAAUGCAAAUAGGGAUUAUUGGAGUGGAUGCUUUGUUGGGAAUGUCUAAUUUUUUUUAUUGAUUUUUACAUAAAAAUGUUUAUUUGAAUAAGAAUAAAGAUUUUUUACAAUCG